AUGAAGGGUGUCUUGGGAAUUUGGGAAGAUGUUAUUGGUGUCAUCAUUAAUAUAUCUACCAUUAUUGGAGUUGCGGUUGUGGGUCUUGUAAUUUUGCUGCUUUUGGAUCAUUGUAGUUGGUGCAUCGUUUUAGGUAUUCUAUUCAUUUCACAGCAAAAUAAUUCAUGCACUAUUGUUGAGGUGUCAUAUUAG